UGAGACCUUAUGUUUACUUGAUAAAUUGUCUAGCGAGUGUCUCAUGACAUUUACCUGCACUUUCUACACAACCAACUGACAACUCCUUUGUUUCUAGUCAAUUUGUACACGGUAUUAUCAGCCAGCUUGAACUAAACGUAGACACUGACAGAGACAAGACUGUUCACUUCUUAUUGGACAUCUACACCCGAGAUUGAAUUUUAUAAUUCUAGAAUCGAGUUUCUAUUUCUAACGGACUUCAUGAAGAUUUGUGAUUCUAAAAAGAUAUAUAGCGAUGAAUUAAUAUAGUUAUACGGUGACUGAGGGAGACAUACAUAUAUAUACAGAGUUUUAUUUUGACCCAUUACCGAGUGCAGUAAUUUUUUGUCGACUUGUAGAUCUUCUCCAAUGGGUGCAAUCAUUGCGCGUGCAUUAGUCUGUGUUUUGUUACUACUAUCUAUUUCUCUAACAACCUUGACCUUACCGUCCAACACUUCUUCCAGACCUAGAGCCACACAUUCCGGGAAGGAGCAGAAGUCUCGCGCGAGCAACAGCACCUCCAUGGCACUGGAUCAUUUCAUUGGGAGAUGGCUGGAGGAAAAGAAAGAAAGUUUUGCUUGUCUAGCAGACGCACUUGGUUUGUCAGGAGAGCAGAGGGCGUUCUUUGAAAACAGUAAAUCUGAAUUGUCCUAUCAACGAAAUGGUGACACUUGGACCAUAGCCGUUGGCAUUGUGGGAGUCCCCCAGAACACGACCUUUACCUUCAAACUAGGAGAGACUUAUGACUCUACAAAUAUAGACGGAUCUCCUUUAAAGAGUGUCAUUAGACAAGAUGGGAAUAGACUUGUUGAACGACACGAGAACCAAGGCCAACGGAACUUUGUGAUGGACAUCGUCCGAGAGGUCAAUAAUGACUUAAUGAAUGCUACUACAACUAUAGGCGGUGUUUCUAUGCAGACCAUAUACAGAAGAACCUAGAGAGUCCAAGUACUGCCUAUAGAGACAACACUUCUCGCCUGUUCUAAUGCUAAUGUGUCUGGAUUGAUGGUGAUUCCUGCAGUAACUGUUCAGCUUUAGAUGUUUGUCGUGUUCAACCUUGUCAAUGUUGUACAUCAGAGAUCGGAUUAACAUGGCUGCUUAGUUAGUGUUCAGAUAAUGUUCUUCUAGUUUCUUGCAUAUUUUUGGUCAUUUGCUAUGUCUAAUAAGCAGUACGCAUUUAUAAAGGUGAAUUUUUUAUAGCAAAGUGGUAGAGCCUAUUUUUCCCGACACAUAGAGUUCUAGUCUCGACAUGGGACAGCAGGUCCAUUGAUUAGAUUUGGCGGUACUUUUUUUUUAUAGCCUCUCAUUUCCCGCGACAACAAAAGUGCCAGGUUACUUGAUAUGGGCUAGCACCAUGGCAACGCGUCUGAAAAAUGUAACCCUACAACUUCAAAUAAAACUCUAAUUUGAUUUUACUUUUGAUGAAUCUUUGGAAUGAAACUAUUCUAGGUUGUUUUUUUCACAUUAGUAAACGUUUUAUCGCCCACAGUGAAGUAGAGAAAUCUCUUUAAACUGAGUUUUUUUUUUUUAAUUCAAAAUAACAUAUUUGCUUGCUCAACAUGUUACUGUGUAUAUAGUGUAUGGUGUGAAUCCGUUUCCAAUAAUGAUUAUUUGUAUUGAAUCACUGCUGCUUCAUUGUUUUAGGUACAGAGAUUAAAACUGAAUUAAACUUUAAAAAAAACUACUUUGGUAUUGCCUUUAACAGAAGAGAUAAAAGGAGAAAGUCUUUGUUUCAUUAGAAAUGAACUUAGAUCACUAGAUAUCCUGGUGCUUGCUUGGUCUUUAUAAAUGUUCAGAAUUGAUGAUCUAGUGAAUGCUGUUAUUGAUUGGAAUUGACUAUUUUUCAUGUGUGUCUAAUUGAAUACCUAUUAAGACCCUUUCGAGAAUCGGCUUUAGUUUUCGGAUCAUCUGUUAGAGCCCACUCUUGCUUCAUGUCCCUGUUGAUGCUGUGAAAACCUGCAGCAAGUUCUUUGAUUUGUAGGACUACAGAUGUGACGUGAAGAGCAGCUAGGAGGACCUAAAGAUGUGACGUGAAGAGCAGCUAGGAGGACCUAAAGAUGUGACGACUACAAUGAGGGACUGUGACAGGGACUACAGAUGUGACGUGUAAUACUACCCUGAGAGCCUACAGAUUGACGUGUAAAAUUACUACAAGGGUCUACAGAUAUGACGUGUAAGACUACAAUAAGGGUCUACAGAUUGACGUGUAAGACUACCCUGAGAGCCUACAGAUGUGAGAUGUAAGACUACAAUGAGAGAUUACAGAUGUGAGAUGUAAGACUACAAUGAUAGAUUACAGUUGUGAUGUAUUCUUUACUGAGUCGAUGUUUGUGUAAUUGUGACUAUGUGCGGUCCAGCUCAAUACAUGUCAUUCCUAACCACCCAAACAUCUAGACACACACGAGCCAAUGUAUUAUGACCUAACCUGUUACGACUUCGUUGAAUCUCCUUAGAUUACCUUUUCUUGAGUAUAAAGAUUCUGUAAAUUAAACUCAAGUAAAGAUUUGUAUCAAAUUUAUCAAUCAUAAAACGAUUUAUACAAAAUUAAUACCAUUAUAAUAAAUUAUCAAUGUCUGUAUACGUUGUAAUUCCGGUUAUAAUUUGUGUUUUGUUUGUUAUUUUUCUUGUUAUAAACUUUAGAAUAGUUUGUAUCCUACUGACAUCUUGACGAUAAAGUAUUACCUAAUACCCCUGCCUAAGAACUUGUUGUCUUUAAUUGUACUUUGGGCUGUACUCAGAGAAGUCAAAUGUCGUUCAAUGUGACACUGUUGCCUUAUCAGGAGCUGUCUAUGUCUAUCUGAGUUGGAUGUUAAUGCAGACAGUGUGUAUCUAAUGAACAAUGUCUUCUCCGUUAUUUCAGUGGGAACACUUCAGAAUUAAGAUGACGAAACAAUAACUACUCAAAUGAAUACAUAAAAACGUUGGCAACAUAUGAAGGAUACAUUUCUUUACAAAGCUUACAUUAACUUACUUCGUCUGUCUGUCCGUCAGUCUGUCUGGUAGAAAUCUUGUCCGCGAUUUAUUUCCCACUUCCCAUUCUCGGAUCAAGUUAAAACAUUUAAAUAAUUAUCAAUAGUUCAUGACAAUACAUGAAUCAAUAAAAAAAGCAGCCAAUUAGGUAAUCAGUUAAUGGUAUUUAAUUAAUGUUUUUAUCUUGAAAAAGGGAUUUAAACCUUGCUUUGUUUUUUAAAAAAAAGUAUUUUUUAAAAUAUUUUGCUUGUUAAUAUGUAACUUCUUUGUUGCUAAAAGUAGAAUCAGAAUUUAAAAUUCAAUCAUUUGUGACUCUGUACUAGUCUGAACUUAACAACUAUGAAUCUUAUUGUGUCUUUAGUACCAAUAAGACUGUGUUUAUAGUACUGGACACAGCUCUGUGUAAUGACUAUAUUAAGAUUUCUCUCAAAUUAAUGUGCACUCUUAUUUGAUUUGUUAAUUCCCCCCCCCCCCUAUUUUGCUUCUUGGCUUAUUAUCGGUGAUUGACUAUUCCAGUAUGAACAACAUCAGAUCAGUAGAUGGUAUAUUACAAUGGUCAAUGUGAUUAUUCUAUUGAAUGUUCAUUAAAACUCUAAGGAUGUGUGUUCUAGUCAAAGGACUUAUUGAAAUGCCUAUAUCAUUGAACGUUGAGUUGUCAACUAUGUACAUUUGAUGUCUGGCUCUUGUAAUAAAACUGUGAAGUUA